UACACGGCAGCAAACAUGGGAAAACAUGACCCGUCUCAGCAGAGCAGUGUCCUGGAUGCUGUUGCUGAUGCUGCAACAUCUUCAGCCUCACCACCAAAGGCUGAAAAAACUAAAAAAACAAAGAGGACAUGGAAAAAUCGCCUCUGGAGUCUCUUUCAGAAGGACUGUGAUUCUGUUGCAGAGGCCAGUGAGACCACUGCACCGCAGUCAAAGAAACGGUCCAACUGGCAUUUUAAAUUCUGGAAGAAAAACAAUCGGGUCAGUCCAGCAUUUGAGUCUGAGUCCGAGUCCGAAUCAGAGCCCGAGCCAGAGUCCGAGCCCAAGUCUGAGUCAGAGACAAAACAAUCAGACCCAGGAAAUGCAGCAGAUGAAACAUUUGAGUCCGAGUCCGAGUCCGAAUCAGAGCCCGAGCCAGAGUCCGAGCCCGAGCCCAAGUCUGAGUCAGAGACAAAACAAUCAGACCCAGGAAAUGCAGCAGAUGAAACAUUUGAGUCCGAGUCCGAGUCCGACUCCGACUCCAAGUCCGAAUCCGAGUCUGAGUCUGAGUCUGAGCCCGAGUCUGAGUCUGAGCCCGAGUCCGAGUCUGAGCCCGAGUCUGAGUCUGAGUCCGAGUCUGAGCCCGAGUCUGAGACGAACCAAUCAGACCCAGGAAAUGCAGCAGAUGAAACUAGCUCCAGUUUAAACGUGACCUCCAAUGAAGAUGGUGCACCUACAAAAGCAGAAACACUGCCUAAACUGCAGGACCAACACCAGCACCCUGCAACAUCCCCCCUGUUUACAUCCUCUUUUUUGGAAGGUGGAAAAAGGAUAUGCAUCAAGAUCAACUCUAACGACCCUUUUGGGUUUCCAAAUAUCGGAAACAGUUGCUACAUGAACUCCUGCCUGCAGAGCCUCCUCAGCAUACAGGAUUUCAUUGGUGAUAUCAGCUGCCAGGAGGAUUUGUGGAGUUCAGUUCCUGAGGCUCAGCUCUUAAGGCGACUCAUUGACAUCAGGGACUGCCGUGAGUCGACAGAUUAUGGCGUUAAAAACAGCCGCCUCUGGUCCUUUAAGCGUGCAUUCGCCACCUAUGCUUUAGACUACGGAGACAGUCGACAGAAAGAUGCUCAUGAGUUUUUAAUGUUGCUGGUGAAUCAUAUCCAAAUGAUGUCCCCUCACCUGCAGCAGCAUGCAGCUGUCUUGGGCCAAAGCUACACCUGCCCAGUGGAAGGCAACUUCUUUUUCCAAAUGGAAAACACGAGGACAUGCAAGAGUUGUGGAGUCCAGUCAUCACACAAGGAGGACUUCACGGGUUUAUCGUUAGACCUCGUUCCAGAAGGCUCCAUCAUGGGCAUGUUAGAGGUAUACCUGAAGGAAAAAGAGUUAGAGUUUAGAUGUGAAUGCGGAGGGAUGAUAUCGGGAAUGGAGUCAUCCUUCGAUAGCCUGCCAAGAGUUCUCAUCUUGCAUCUCAAGAGGUUUUGCAUUACUCCAUCUUACAAUCUGGAGAAGCUGCAUAACCCCAUCUGGCUGCAGAGGGACCUGAUAGUUUCAUCUAAAGAGGGUGGUGCGUGCUUUAGUCUGGUUAGCGUCAUAAACCAUUAUGGAAGCACAGAAAUGGGGCACUACACCUGCAAUUCAGUCCAUCCCGAAGACAGGCCAGAAAGUACAAGAGACUGUUGGCUCACUUUUAAUGAUGCACAAGUCUCUGAAACAACUGGAUUUGACGUCUGUGAGCAACAGCAGCGUUUGGCCUACAUCUUGUUUUACAAGAGAAUUGUAAGGAAGCAGUGACAUCACAUCCUGAACUGAGAGAAUUUUAAAAUAUGUUGGCACCUUGUUAAACACAUGUAUUUUGUCUUCAU